AUGGGAAAAAAGAAUAGGAAGCAGUCGAAGAAGUCGUCUGGAAAUAGAAGCAAUCGUUCGGAAACGAACAAUCGCAGUGAGACAAGAACAAUGGCGUCAAACGCGGAGAGCCCGCGCCGAAAUUCUCAGAGCCCAACUUAUGGGAACUCGUCGAGCUCAAUUCGUGGCAACUCGCAAAGCCCGAAUCACAUGAUGGGACCGGGACCCGGCACGGAAUACGGGACCUAUAUGCAUGCGCCAAUGCACGGAUAUGCGUAUGGUGGACCAUGCGGUUACGGUCAAGUGCCAAUGCAUAAUUAUCCGUACCCAACGCAGGGAUAUCCGCCGAAUCCCACAUACACAUACUCACACGCACCGAUGCAUGGUGCACCACAAAGUCCGAAGCAGCGCUAUUCGCCGAAUAACGAUCACUAUGGGAAUUCGCCCAUUCCACCAUAUUUGUUGGCCGAUUGCCCGGACCGUCUUAAGGGAAUGUGCACGCAUCGUCGCGCGCCGCCACUCACCGGCUCCGCCUCUGGCUCCUCGAAGGGCCAGAAAGGCAAAAAGGGCGGCAAGAAGAAGGACUCAAAAGCCGAUAUAAAGAGCUUAAUUGAGCUAAUGGAUGGCAAUGAGAUAUCACGACGUCCAGGAGAAAAGAAAAGAUUGGAGUCUCUCUGGGGCAAAAUGAAUGAGGAAGAGCGCGGUAAGCCUCCGCCAAUUCCACCCAGACCAAGCCAAUUUUUGAUUGAUCACGACAUCUUCGCUAUGAAAAGUCAUAAUGAGGAGGUUGCCAAUGACUACUAUUCUCAGCAUGGCUACAAUGCUGUUUGGAUCGAUGAGAAUCCGUUCGCGUUGGGACGCAAGAGAAAGCAUGAUCUCGGUUUUCCGGAGAGCAUCGCUUUGGCUCCCCAUAAUCGCAACAAGCAUAAUUUUCCAUUGUGCAACUCACCAACAAAUGCGGUCCCGGUGAUUGGACGAGUUGUUACCGUCCACAAGACGUUCUGCCACGUCUUCCAUAGCAACUAUGGAAUGAUUUACACACCAGCAAGCAGUUUUCACUUUAUGAACGUCAUCGAUCUAGAGGAAUACCUCAUGGAAGAUGACCCGGUGACGAUUACAUUCGUCCACUUGCCGGCUCUCGAGGAUUUGAGUUAUUUGGCGAUUCAUACUCGCAAAAUGUACCAGCCACCAAAUCCGAACUUCUUCACUGGAAUGGGCACCAUCGUUGAUAUGGGAUUGGUUCAAAUUCGAAUAUACUCGGAAGCUUAUAAAGCUUAUUAUCACUGUGACAUCUUGAACUACAUUGGAGGUGAUUGUGGAACAGAUGCGAUGACAUUAGCCGGAAUUUGUGAAGAAGGAGACACCGUUCUUUUCAUUGCCGAGCACCGCGGAACGGCUCCGCGUGUUAUCAAAUGGCAUUUGGCCAAGAAUGGACACACUGAGGUCCGUCAGAUCGUCUAUGCUCCAAUGCUCUAUCCAUCGACGGUUGAUCCAUAUGAGCACAUCUACAUUCCGGCUCCACACAAGAGGGAGAAAGAUGAUCAUAUCAUUGAGGGAAAGGAUUUCGUUGAGCAAGUCCGCAAGGACAGAUCACGCGAAUGUGAUCUUCUUAAUAGAAGCUUUGUCAGAUAUGGCAGAGAAGAAGACGACUGCUAA